CCCAUUCAUGUUGGAGCGCAUUGUCAUUCAGUCCACGGACUCAGAGAGCGUGAAAAGGGGGCGAGAGGAGCAAAGAGGAGGCAAACUGAGCGGGUCUCACCAAGAAGUCUGCUUCGGAGUUUAGAGAGGUAAAUGGGUUCAGGCCUCUUGUUGGUAUCCGGAGAAAGCGUUAUCUUGGCUCCCCUACACCCGUCCUCUGGCUGCGUGUAUCAGGUGUCCAGGACUUGAACUUCCUACAGUGGAUGAAGAGGAGAAGUGAUGUCUCAAGACGAGAGCUGCUGCAGAGUUUACAGCAGGGGCUUAUACAGCUGCCGCUGGAGGCGCUCGAGUAAUAACAGAAAUCGUGCAGCCUGCUGUUGGUUCUCAGUUGUCACUCUGGUGUCCCUGCUUUCCCUGUGCUGGAUGUACAUUUGUCUGGUUACUUUUAAUGACCAAGACGAUGUUAACUGGGAAGGCUUCAAAAUACUGAAACGGUGGGUGAACUGGUUCAUGCUGCUGAUCAUCAUUUCCGCUGUGUUAACCAGCUACUGCGUUCUGCUGCUGGUGUUUGCACUGUUCCAAGUUGCCUUACAAGAACCGCUCAACUUACACUGGCUUCACAAGAUCUUUUUAUUUUUCGGUGUGACAUUCAUCGCAUUUGGGCUCACUGGAAUUAGUCUCAAGUGGAAGCAAGAAUGGCCGACUGUUCCUCUCUCACUCCUGGCCAUAGGUCCUUUCUUGCAGUUUGGUGCUGUUGGGGCGUUGACCCUGCUGAGCCCCUUUGUCUUCCGGGCGUUGGACACAGCCAAAAAACAAUGCUCAAAGUUCCUGAUCACUGUGGUAUUUAUAGCAGUGUCUGCAUUCAUCUUUCUGUGCCCCCCGUUCAUCAAGUCUCCAUGUCUGAUAGAGAAGUACGCUUUACCCCCAAAACCAAAGCUGAUCGGCCACCGAGGUGCACCAACGCUGGCCCCAGAGAACACCAUGAUGUCGUUCAACAGAAGCAUCGCGUGCGGCGUGACGGUCUUUGAGACAGACGUGCAGCUCAGUAAAGACAGAGUUCCCUUCUUGAUGCAUGACCAUGAAUCUGAGUUCUUGCGGAGAACUACUGACGUUAAAGAGAAGUUCCCUGGCAAAUACUUCAACCACAGCUCGAACCUUACCUGGGCGGAAUUACAGAGACUGAAUGCAGGUGAAUGGUUCCUAAAGACAGACCCUUUCCGUUCAGUGUCCGAACUCUCAAAAGAGGAGAUGGAAACAGCCAGGAAUCAGUCUAUACCAUCCUUACGUCAGCUCCUCAACCUUGCUAAGCAGCACAACAUCUCAGUGUUAUUUGACCUGUAUAGUCCUGACAUAGAAAAUGACACAGAGGACACAGUUAACACCAUUUUGAGUUCUGACAUUGACCCAAGACUGGUCCUGUGGCUUCCCCCAGGAAAAAGAGAAUAUGUAAAGAAGAAUGCUCCAGGUUUCAUCCAGGUCUAUAAAGACACUGAUAUGCUUAUGGAAAACAACGGAAGCUACCUCAAUGUGAAAUACAGCAAGUUAAAAAUGGAAGAAAUCAGGAAUCUUCGGGCCAAAGACAUUACAGUGAACCUGUGGGUGGUUAAUGAGCGUUGGCUGUUUUCUCUGCUGUGGUGUGCAGGGGCUAGCUCUGUUACCACUAACUCCUGUGACCUCCUAAAAGACAUGGACGAGCCUGACUGGUUGAUUGGGCUUGAGAGAUACAGAACAAUAUGGAUUAUAGUGGACGUUGCAUCUGUUUUGAUAAUGACUGGACUCUACGUGUUUCAGUGGAGAAAACAAUGCGUGUGUCACAAAGAAGGCAUGGAACCCUUAGAAGAAAAAGAGUGUCCCGGGGAGUGGCUCAUACACAAAGAAGCGGAGUACGUCAACCUGGGAUGAGAAAGAACUGUCAUACUUCUUACCCACCGGGUAGUUUGGCCGACUCCAGCAGGAGAUUGACGAAAGUGACGCCCUUCUUUAUCUGCACUGCCAAAAUGUUUUGGACCUAGAUCAGGAAGAGAGCAAGUUAAAGUGAAUAACCAUACACUGUAUUCUGAAGCCAUGAAAAUAAGAAUUGGCACUGUGCCACCAGGUAGUGGUUUAGGUUUUUGGUUUUUAUAAGUCAUGUUUAUCUCUUACAGGGUUUUGAUCAUUGUUUGUUGCUACUGAACAUUUUAAGCUUUACUCUGAUUGUAUCACUGUAAUGUCCGUUGUCGGUCUGCACUGAAUUUGAUCUUGGCACUUUAUGUCAUUAUUUUUUUCUCCGUUGUUUUCAUUUUCAAUUUUUUUUUCAUGCUGUCAUCACUUUAGGAAAGAUGUGUAUGUAGCCUGCUGUAACCUGAGCCAAAAGCACUUCAACUGUAUACUGUGCACAUUAUGAUGUGUCUGUGUAUGUAAUCAUAUACUGCAGUCAUUACACAUUACACACAUAAUUCCUUGUUAAUUAUGUAACUCUGUAGUUUUUCCAACAUAUUUUAUACACCCUU